AUGCUUGCAGCUGCCCCCCGUAACGUAAUGCGUCUCAUAAGCAAUGGCACAAAUGAGUUGCCCAAAGCAGUACGUGUUACUUCCAAGUCGGCCAGGAGACGAAGCAAGGCGAAGAAGGCAGUUCACGUUCACCAAGCAACUGAGCCAACAACUCUUUGUGCUAAAUAUGAUCUAUCUAACGGCUCAUUUCCCAUUAAAAUGACAUCAUUGCCGGUGGGAGGGGAGAAUGAACAUUGUCAAUUUCUACAAGGUAGCGAAUUCUUCGCCAUUGAUCCUCUCCGUGUACUUUCUGUUGAGCGGCCGAUGCAAAUCGAAGAUAAAAUUGAUUCACAAAUGCGCUUCCACACACUGUCUCAGUUACGAGCAUUUCAUCUAGCAUAUUACGAUCUAUUGCCUAUCACCUUCUGCAAAACCGUAACUCUAUUGGACUCAUUUGUAGCAAAGGUGAAGGUAAAGCCUGUCUUCGCGCUCUGUGUGACCGCCGCU